GAUGACCUCUGGGAUCGACUAAGUUGGUCUUUGGCGACUGACAGUCCACAAUGGAGGGAGCCAAUGUUAAUAUGACACAGUCAAUGCAGGAUGAUGUUUCUAAAACUAGACAAGUAUCCGUGGAAGAAUAUGACAAAAAAUGUAUUUUUUGCAGGAUUGUCAACAAUGAAAUGGGCACGGAACUUCUGCACUCUGAUGAAGAGAUCUCAUGUUUCAGAGACAUCAAACCUGGAGCUCCGCACCAUUACCUAGUGGUCCCUACUAAACAUGUUGGGAACUGUAAAUCACUCAGCAAAGAACAUGUGCCUUUAGUGAAACGCAUGGUGGAGCUAGGGAAGGAGAUCCUGCAAAAGAACGAUGUGACGGCUCUCAGUGACGUCAGGUUUGGUUUCCAUUGGCCCCCAUUCUGUUCAGUCACACAUCUACAUCUUCACGUUCUGGCACCUGCUAGCCAGAUGGGCUUCAUGUCUCGCCUAAUCUACAGACUAAAUUCUUAUUGGUUUAUUACAGCAGAGCAACUGAUAGAGCAUCUCAACUCCAAGGGGGAAACUAAAUGAUGACAUACUGUGGGUCCAACUCUUGAAUUUUGCAUCUAUGAGGUGACUCAGGGAUCUGUGGUUCCAUUCUAAUUAUCAUGUUGGAUGAUACAGAUAGUCUGUGUUUGAAUGCUGUCAAAAAAUUAUACCUUAGUUAUUUUCUUCCUUAACAAACACUAUCACAUUUGAAGUUGGAUGUUAACUUGAUAGUAAGCUGAAUUUGAGGCAGGUGUCAUAUGGUGUAAUUCAAAUCUACAUUAUCAAAAUGUUGCUCAUUGAUGAAAGCGCUGUUUUCUUAAGGAAAAUGCCAUGAUCAAUGUAACAUCAGACCUUACCAUGACAUGCAGUAACAUACACACGAGUACAAUGACUACCUCAGGUAUGUGGCAUCAUUACUGCUGGGUAUUUAGUAACAUUGGAAACAAGAGUGGAAGCAUCAAGUAGCAUCUGCAUGAACUAUUUACAAGUUUCCUUUUAAGUGAAAACAAGUAAGUAAUCCUGACGUUGGAAGUUAAGUAUGCCAAAGGACCCGUGCAAGUAUUUUGACUGGCUUGUUAAUAUAUCUGUAUGUGAAAAUUGAUUUAUUUUCCUGUCUGUAAGUCAGUGAUGAGGUGAUUGGUUGUAUUAUGUAAAUGAGAUGUAAAGACAGGGAAUCAUACUCUCUAA